AUGGCGCCGGUUCACAGCUCGCCCCGCCUCAACGGCGCACUGCUCGCGCUCGCGCUCGUGGCCGCCGCUGUCGUCGCCGACGUCGCCGCGGCGCGAGGGGUGCCCACCGUGGCCGCCAGGCACGAGCGGUGGAUGGCCGAGUUCGCGCGAGCGUACGCGGACGCUGAAGAGAAGCUGCGGCGGCAGGAGGUGUUCGCGGCCAACGCGCGGCACGUCGACGCUGUCAACCGGGCGGGCGACCGGACGUACACGCUCGGGCUCAACCAGUUCUCCGACCUCACCGACGACGAGUUCCUGGAGACGCACCUCGGCUACCGUCACCAGCACGGCGGGCUUCGUCCCGCGGACGACGCGCCGGCGGCAGCGGUGAACAUGUCCAAGGCUGCCGCUGGCCAUUUCCAGGACACGCCGGACAGCAUGGACUGGAGGGCCCAGGGUGCCGUCACCCAAGUCAAGAACCAACUCUCCUGCGGGAGUUGCUGGGCGUUCGCGGCGGUGGCGGCGACGGAGGGGCUCGUGAAGAUCGCCACCGGCGACCUCAUCUCCAUGUCGGAGCAGCAGGUGCUCGACUGCACCGGCGGCGCCAACACCUGCAACGCCGGCGACAUCAACGCCGCGCUGCGCUACGUCGCCGCGAGCGGCGGCCUGCAGCCGGAGGCAGCCUACGCAUACAGCGGCGAGCAGGGCGCGUGCCGCAGCGGCGGCGUCAUGCCAAACUCGGCCGCCUCCGUCGGCGUGCCCCGGUGGGCGGCCCUGUACGGCGACGAGGGCGCGUUGCAGGAGCUCGCGGCCAGCCAGCCCGUGGCCGUGGGCGUGGAGGCCACGGACCCUGACUUCCGGCACUACAUGAGCGGCGUGUACUUCGGCAGCUCGUCGUGCGGGCAGAGGCUGAACCACGCCGUGACGGUAGUGGGCUACGGGGCGGACGGCAGCGGACAGGAGUACUGGGUGGUGAAGAACCAGUGGGGGACGGGAUGGGGCGAGGAGGGCUACAUGCGCCUCGCGCGCGGGAACGGCGCCAACUGCGGCGUCGCCACCUACGCCUACUACCCGACCAUGGACAGCUAA